ACAUACAUUAUCAAAAUGAAUAUUUAAAACAUGUGUCUAUUUAUAUAUCUUUAUAUUUUAUAUAGUUUCCAAACAAAUCACUUGUUUUAUUGAAUUAAGGUCGCUAUACUAUGAAGACGACUUUGCUUGAAACCUGCCGGAUUCCGCCUCCGCCUGACUCCGCCGCCGCCGCCGCCGAGCUACAACUCCCACUUACCUUCUUAGACAUUGUCUGGAUUCACUUCCAAACCAUGCACUACCUUCUCUUCUACGAAUAUUCUUGCUCCGAAUCUCAUUUCUCUGAAACCCUAAUUCCAAAACUCAAAGAAUCACUCUCCCUCACCCUCAAACACUAUCUCCCACUCGCCGGAAAUCUCCUCUACCCUCUAAACCCUGACCGCCGAAAGCCCCUCAUCCGCUACGUCGCCGGCGACUCCAUCUCCGUGAAAAUCGCCGUCUCCGGCGGCAACUUCGACGAACUCGUCGGGAACCACCCACGCGACGCCGACCAGUUCUACGACUUCGUGCCGGAAAUCCCGCCCGCAACGGAAGAUUCCGAGUACAAAAUAGUCCCUGUAUUUGCUCUUCAAGUGACGCUAUUUCCCGGCCGUGGAAUUUGUAUCGGCUUCUCCAACCUCCACUGCCUCGGCGACGCGAGAUCGAUCGUCGGCUUUGUGCGGGCAUGGGCUUCCAUGUGCAAUCUCGCCGGAGAAUCAGUGUUAUCUCCGCCGAUUUUCGACAGAUCCGUUAUCAACGACCCUCUCAAAAUCGACGAUAUAUUCUGGAAAGCGGUGGGAAAGAUUCCGUUCACACCAUCGUCGUUCCCGAUACCGACGAACAGGGUCAGAGCCACGUUCACUCUCCACCAAUCCGACAUUAAAAAGCUCAAAGAAAUGGUUCUUGCCAAGAAACCGGAUUUAGGCCACGUGUCGUCUUUUGUCGUAACUGCGUCCUACAUUUGGACAACCUUAGUGAAAUCUGCAGAUCAUGUAGAGGAAGAAGAUCAGAACACGCAUGAAUACUUCGUAUUCGCAGUCGACAUUCGCGAGCGGAUAAAUCCAGCAGUGCCCACUAAUUACUUCGGCAAUUGCCUAGGCGCAGGUACUGCGGAAAUCGAGCAUGGAAAGCUAGUCGGUGAAGAAGGGUUGUCAGUUGCGGCUGAAUACAUGGCUGAGGAUAUCAAGAACAGGAUUAACAACAAAGACGAGGUUUUGAGAGGCGUUGAGAAUUGGAUGGAUGGAAGUAAGAAUCAUAUGUUGGACCGGGCCGUUGGGGUUUCGGGUUCGCCGAGGUUCGAUUUUUGUGAUGCGGAUUUUGGAUGGGGAAGAGCGAGAAAGCUCGAAGUUGUGUCGAUUGAUGGAGAGAGGUGUUCGAUUUCGUUGUGCAAGUCUAAUGAUUCUGAAGGAGGAUUGGAGAUUGGAUUGUCUAUGCCUAAGGAGAGAAUGGAUGCUUUUGCUGCUGUAUUUGCAGAUGGCCUAAAAUCUUGAGUGUUGUAUGAUAUGAUUUAGUAUUUUUAAAUGUGGUUUUAGCAAGGAAUAAAUGUUUUUAUAGCCUUUAUUAUUAAAGUAUAGGUGGGUUAGA